UCAACUCAGGAUUUGUGCACGGGGUCUAACAUGUUGCACACCGGAAAUGGAGCACAAGUUGAGCACGCACAGUAGAGCAGAAUUUGAUCGCUUGCUGAGAGACACCAUCGGCCAGACUCGAACUACAUUUGCUGCCCAAGCGCAGAGGUUUGACGAAUUUUUUAAGGAACUACUAAGGACGUCAAAAAGUGAUUUUCAUGACAUGUUCCUGAAGACUUAUGGUAUGCUGUACGACAGGAAUUCAUUCAUCUUCAAGGAUAUGUUCGAUGACUUAGAAAAAUACUACUUGACUGGUGGCGUGGACCUGACGGCGGCUUUGGACUACUUUUUCGAUCGUUUGUACAGGAAAAUGUUUCAGGUGUUGAAUAGUCAGUACACAUUCAGUGAAAUGUAUCUGAACUGCAUUAGCCAGCAGAUGGACCAACUAAAGCCUUUUGGUGACGUUCCAAAGAAACUGACAGUCGAAAUCAAGAGGUCAUUUGUUGCCACGAGGACCUUUGUCCAAGCUUUGUCUAUUGGAAGAGAUGUUGUCAAGUUCAUCCAAGAUGUAAGUUCUGUCUUAAAAUUCUUAUUGUUAG